AGACCGGACAUUCUUCCUUAAAAAGCAAUGAUGAACUAUCAGACCACCAGCUUCGUCCUGGCUCUUGCUCUUCUUCAGAUAGUGAAUAGGGCACUUUCUUCCUGCCCUUCUGCUUGCCGGUGUCCUCUGGAGGUCCCAAGAUGUGCCCCAGGAGUCGGUCUGGUUCUGGACGGCUGCGGAUGCUGUAAAGUCUGUGCUAAGCAGCUCAACGAGGACUGUAGCAAGAUGCAGCCUUGCGAUCACACCAAGGGGCUGGAAUGCAAUUUCGGUGCCAGCUCCACAGCUCCAAAGGGGAUCUGCAGAGCACACUCAGAAGGGAGACCCUGUGAAUACAACUCCAAAAUUUAUCAGAAUGGAGAAAGUUUUCAGCCCAACUGCAAGCACCAGUGCACAUGCAUCGACGGAGCAGUGGGCUGUAUUCCUCUGUGCCCGCAAGAACUCUCCCUACCUGAGUUGGGCUGCCCUAACCCAAGGCUAGUGAAAGUCCCUGGCCAGUGCUGCGAGGAAUGGGUCUGUGAUGACUCCAAAGAUGCUCUGGAGGAGCUGGAAGGUUUCUUUGGCAAAGAAUUUGGCCUGGAUGCAUCUGAAGGGGAAUUAACCAGGAACAACGAGCUAAUAGCCAUUGUGAAAGGAGGGCUGAAAAUGCUACCUGUCUUUGAGUCUGAGCCACGCAGUCACUCAUUUGAGAAUCCAAAAUGCAUUGUGCAAACAACCUCAUGGUCACAGUGUUCAAAGACCUGUGGGACUGGCAUCUCCACAAGAGUAACCAAUGAUAACCCUGACUGCAGGCUAGUCAAAGAAACCAGGAUAUGUGAAGUGAGGCCGUGUGGGCAGCCUAGCUAUGACUCCUUAAAGAAGGGAAAGAAAUGCACCAAGACCAAAAAAUCCCAAGCUCCAGUGAAGUUCACUUAUGCAGGAUGCUCCAGUGUGAAGAAGUACCGUCCCAAGUACUGUGGUUCAUGCGUGGACAGCAGAUGCUGCACUCCUCAGCAGACCAGGACUGUCAAGAUCCGUUUUCGCUGUGAUGAUGGGGAGACCUUCACUAAGAAUGUUAUGAUGAUCCAGUCUUGCAGAUGCAACUACAAUUGUCCCCAUACAAAUGAGGCCUACCCUAACUACCGGCUAUUCAAUGAUAUCCACAAAUUUAGGGACUAAGUUGUGAUGUGUGCAGGCUUCAGGAAGAGGCUUGUUUUUU